GCACUCUGCCCGUCAGCACUCAGCUGUUGCUGCUGCUGCCUGGGAUUUUCCUGACGCCUGCUCUGGAGCACCAACCCCAGCAGGAUGAGCACUGCUGCUCCAGUGGAGACUAUCAGAGACAAUGUGGAGGAGAUGGAAGUGGACAUGGGGCAGAAUGAGGAUGAAAAGAUGGAGGUGGAUGUGAAAGAGCAGGUUGAGGACAUGGAUGUAGAUGCGGAGGAAAACAUCGAGGACAUGGAGGUGGAUGAAGAAGAGAACAUUGAGGAGAUGGAAGUGGACGAGAAGGUUGAGGAGGAGCCCAUGGUCCUUGGAUGAAGAUGGAGCCCCACAAGUAAGACAGGCAGAUGCUCCCCAUGCCCUGCCCACAGACACA